GUCUCAGUGAGGAAAGCGCCACGUUGGAAUGAACAGAGGAACAGACACCAUGUCCUGUCUCCACAUCAGAGGGGUUUUCCUCACUCUGUGUUUGGCUCCAACUGCUUUGUCGAGCCUGCACCCUGAAUGCGAGUACAUAUAUCAGCUGGAGAAAGAGGAGCGUCACUGCCUUCAGUACAUUGCAGAGCAGGGCAACAGAAGCACAGAAGGUUGUCGGCCAUUCUGGGAUGCGGUCGCCUGCUGGCCUCAUGCAGCCGUUGGGGAGACAGUCCAGAGAGCUUGUCCUGCUGUCCUCUCCCUCUUCAGAAACAACACAGGUUCAGUGAGUCGUAACUGCACCAGUGGAGGUUGGUCCAUGCCUGUCUCGCCGUACCUCGUCGCCUGCAGCGUGGAUGAUGACAUUCCUGAGACAGAGCAGUCGUACUUUGCCACAGUGAAGUUGAUCUACACCGUCGGCUACAGCAUCUCUCUCGUGGUGCUGGUUGUUGCUGUGUUGAUCCUGUUGCUCUUCAGGAGGCUCCGUUGUGCCAGGAACUUCAUUCACAUCCAGCUCUUCAUCACAUUUAUCCUGAAAGCUGUGGCAGUUUUCAUUAAGGAUGCAACUCUCUUCUCCAGUGAUGACACCAACCACUGCACCCUUUCCACGUUUGCCUGUAAGGCCGCUGUAGUCUUCUGUCACUACUGUAUAAUGUCCAAUUUUUUCUGGCUCCUGGUGGAGGCGCUCUACCUCAAUUCCCUGCUGCUCUCGUCCUUUUAUCACAGCCGUCGGUGCCUCUGGGGCUUCAGCCUGCUGGGAUGGGGUGUACCUGUGCUCUUCAUCAUGCUGUGGAUUGGAUCCAGGCUGUAUUUUGAGGACACAGAAUGUUGGGACAUCAACGAGGACUCGCCCUAUUGGUGGAUCAUCAAGGGACCUAUUGUUGUGUCCAUAGCGGUCAACUUCAUUCUCCUCAUGAACAUCAUCAGAAUUCUGAUACAGAAGCUGAAUCCCCGGCUGAUCCACUUCAAUAACUCCUCUCAGUACAGACGCCUGACUAAGUCCACCCUCCUCCUCAUCCCUUUGUUUGGCACUCACUACAUGGUCUUCAAUUUUCUGCCUGACUACUUCAAUGUUAACCUGCGCUUCUGUAUCGAGCUCUGCAUUGGAUCCUUCCAGGGGCUUCUUGUAGCGAUCCUCUAUUGCUUCCUCAAUCAGGAGGUCCAGAAAGAGGUCCACAUGCAGUGGCUGAGGUGGCAGGAGAGGAGCUAUGGUGUGGUGUCACCUGCUGCAAAAUGCAGCCAGAUGGACACACCCUUCUAGUGGUAGCCCUCACUCUUCUCUUAUAGGUCUUCAGCUAAUAAGACAUUCACCAAGAAUUGCUUCUGUGCAGGUCACUGGCUCCAGCGGGUGUUGGCCACGUCUGAACGUUUUCAUCCCAAACUCAUUGUUAGACUCUAUUCUACUGACCGUUUUCCUUCAGCCAGUAAAGAGUUGCUGAGAUAAACCUUCUAUUAGAGAAUGAUCCUGAAAUCAUUUGACAUUUUACACACAUUUCAAGACAGAGCCUGUGAAUCUCAUAUGCAUUUCCCAUAAGACACUGUGGUAACAACUUUAUAAAGAUCAGCUCCGAGAUUUCCUAGUUUCACCAGAUAACCCACAAACUGACAAACUGUCUUGCUCAGUGUUUAAUGCAAUCACUGAUGCUGCAGCAAAACCUGCUGAACAUUUGAUAUCCAGACUUUUUCCUAUGGAGCCGACCCACAAAUGAUUCAUCACUCAGCUGAGUAGUUGAAAUGGGUCAUCAUUAGGGACGCACCAAUGCGAUACUGAUGUCUGAUAUCUGUCCAAUACUGAUUCAAAUAGCUAGAUUAGGUAUCAUGACAAUGGGGCCCGUUUUAUUAAGUUCAAUUCCAUGUGUAUCUCUGAUUACAUGCACAUACUACGUAAUGUCUCAGCAGUGCUGGUAGACUACAUAGCAGAGGGAGCUGACAACAAACAUUUCAGCUGUAAGGGUGUGUUUCCUGCUUGCUAUGUCACCAAGUUACGGUUACUGGUGUACGAUCUAUUAUUUUAAUAAUAAAUUCACA